CAACGCAGGCACAUCUUGGGGCAAAUCCAUCACACUUUGCCAAAAAAGAAAAACAGCAAGAGCUAGCUAGAAAUAAUGGCGACGCAAGGGCUGGCAACAGUGAUGACGGUGAAGCUCGGCUCCUUGGGCUGGAGCAAGAGCAACUACUCGAGCGGAGGAGGAGCAGCACUCAGGCUUCUCCUUCUCUCCCCUGCACAAGCACAACCCAGUGUGCACGCACUUCGUGCAUGCUCGUCAUCCAGCUGCAGCAGAGGCGCCGUGGCAGGGAGAUGGAGCGCUGCCGCCUCAUCAGCCACCUCGGCGCCGGUCGACAGCAGCAGCGGCGGCGUCGCCGGCGGUGGGGAGAUGAUGGUGGAGUGGCCGGCGGCGCCGCGGGAGCAGGUGGAGGCCAUCCGGUCGCUCAACGGGUGGGUGGCGGAGAACAUGCUCCCGCUGCUGACGCCCGUGGACUCCGCCUGGCAGCCGCACGACUACCUGCCGCGCUCCACGGCGGCGGCGGCGGCCGGCGGCGGGGAGGCCAACGACAACGACAGGGCGUUCGCGGAGGAGCUGGCCGAGCUGCGGGCCGCCGCGGCGUGCGUUCCCGACGACGUGCUCGUGUGCCUGGUGGGCAACAUGGUGACGGAGGAGGCGCUGCCCACGUACCAGAGCAUGUUCAACCGCACCGACGGCGUCGGCGACGACACGGGCGCCAGCGCCGUCCCCUGGGCGCGCUGGAUUCGCGGCUGGACCGCCGAGGAGAACCGCCACGGCGACCUCCUCAACCGCUACCUCUACCUCACCGGCCGCGUCGACAUGCGCCAGGUGGAGAUCACCAUCCACCACCUCCUCAGCAACGGCAUGGAAAUGCUGAUGCCCAAGAGCCCGUACCACAGCCUCAUCUACGCGUCGUUCCAGGAGCGCGCCACCUUCAUCUCGCACGGCCACACGGCGAGGCUGGCGGUGAAGCACGGCGACCGCACGCUGUCCAAGAUCUGCGGCGUGGUCGCCGCCGACGAGAGGCGGCACGAGGCGGCGUACACCAGGGCCAGCGCCGAGCUGUUCGACGUGGACCCGGACGGCAUGGUGCGCGCGCUGGCCUACGUCAUGCUCGGGAAGGUCACCAUGCCGGGGCUGCUCAUGUCGGACGGCCUCGGCGGCGGCGGCGACAGCCUGUUCGCGCGGUUCUCCGCGGUGGCGCAGCGCGCCGGCGUGUACACGGCGAGCGACUACGGCGACAUGGUGGAGCACUUCGUGCGGCGGUGGCGGGUGGCGGACCUCGGGGCGGGCUUGUCCGGCGAGGGCCGCCGCGCGCAGGAGUACGUGUGCGGGCUGGCGCCCAAGAUCCGGCGGAUGGAGGAGCUAGCGCACCGGAGGGCGGCCCGUGGGGAGCCAGGCCUGGCCCGGUUCAGCUGGAUCUUCAACAGGGCCGUCGUGGUGGGCUGACCCUUUUUCCACAGGGAAUAACCUCAGACGCUUCGUGGGCCGUGUGUUGUAUCCAUGCUUGCUUCUUUUACCGAUCCAGUAUUGCUUGAAUCCUGCUAAAAAAGAGAGUAUUGCUUCAAUGAAGGUCAUAUAUUAGACCGUUUGUAUCUACUCUGCUGUGUUGCCGUGUACUUCCUCAGUUUGAAAAUGUAUUUCUUUACUCAUAAAGACCGUUUGUAUCUA